UUAAAAAGCGUUUAUGCUGUUUCCGGGUUUUAUGGUAUGACUUCCGGCUAGCUUGUUUUGGCUUUGCAGAGUGAUCUGACGUCUGACAGCUUAGUGUGUUGGAUAACGUUUUAUCGUUGAGUAGGUAAUAAUGUCAGGGGGAACUCGACUAGAAAACGCCAAUCCUCUGAUAUUUCAGCGAUCAGGGGAAAGACUCCUCACUGCCACUGAUGAAGAUGAGGAUGUAGCGGACCCUAUCGAUGACAGGGAAAUCUUCGAUCUGAUCAGAUCGAUCAAUGACCCCGAGCACCCACUGUCCCUCGAAGAACUGAAUGUCGUGGAACAAAUGCGCGUCAAUGUGAAUGAUCAGGAGAGCACAGUGUCUGUGGAGUUCACACCGACCAUCCCACACUGCAGUAUGGCCACACUCAUUGGCCUGUCUAUCAAAGUCAAGCUUCUGCGCUCCCUGCCUGACAGAUUUAAGAUUGACGUUCACAUCACACCUGGCACACAUGCCUCAGAGGAUGCAGUCAAUAAGCAGCUUGCUGACAAAGAAAGAGUGGCAGCAGCUCUGGAGAACUCUCAGCUGCUGGAGGUAGUCAACCAGUGUCUGUCCACCAGAAGCAUGUGAUCUGAAGAAUCACAUGCUCCUUUGACACAUCAUCAUGAUUGAACUUCUACAGCCAAGCUAGAACUGUGUGAAUAAUAAUAAUGUGAGCUCCAUUAUCAUUAUUAGUAUUUUUUUGCUUCUUUUAUAAUUCCAGUGCUAUACUCAAACAGGGAGACUGCCUGGUUAGUACUUAUAAAGUGAGAUAUGCAUCCAAGUUGAGUUAAAAAGGCAUCAGGAAAGGAAACAACAGUAAUGGAGAAUGUAUGUGGAAAACAGAAUUAGUUUUUCUGUUUGAGAGUACGUGGAUACAGAAAGAAAAGUUAUUCUGUAACUAUGUCAUAUAUUUGUGAAUAUGUACAAAAUGACUUUUAACAGUAUUCUCAUUUUGACAUGCCAUCAUUUUAGAAGUUUGUUUUCAAAGAAAUUUCUUAUUGAUCAAACUGAAGAAUGUACAACAGAGAUAAUUUGCACUGCUUUGUUUUUUACCUAUUGUUUUUGCCAAUAAAAAUUUGAAAACGAA